AUGAAGCCUGCUCAUCACUCUCCUGAAAAAAUCCAAGGUGCUAUCGACGUUAUUGUUGAUGGCGGUGUGAAAGGUGGUGCUGCCGGCCUAGUUGCCGGUGCCAUUUCCCACUUUGUUGCCCAAAAAUACUCGCCCAAGUACCGUUCGCUGACGGUCCAGUUCCGCACCUUUAUCCAACUUGCUUUUGUAAUUACAGGUGCAUGCUGGGUCAUUGACAAUAACCUGCUUGCAUAUGAGCGCCAAAUCUCUAGAGAACAGCGCGAACUCCGUAUCAAGAAGAUGGAAGAUCUUGCCAAUGAUUACUAUACCUUUGCGUCGCAGCCUGGGGGCAAAAAACCGGCUGGAACGGUGUCCCAGGCUGUCGAAGACUUGAAGGCCACUGAGAAAAUUGCAACCUCUGCUUCUGUGGCUCCUGCUCAAUCUUCCUCUGAGUAA